AUGGAGGCGGAACUCCAAUCACAGAUUCCUGGUCUUGACCAUGUGAUCUCCGAGUAUUCUGUGGGAUAUUUGACCCAUGCCUCGAAGGCUUACGUCGAGGAUGCUAACGCUCCGUCCCCUGUGGCGGAAGCUGCUGAUAUGGUCACUGAGCUUUUGCUUUCCGCUUCCGGGGAUUUCUCACCUCAGAAUGAAAGCUCUAUCAGAAAUCUAGUGGAGAAGUUCAUAUCUUCGCUGAGCGCUUCUGAUGACAUUGAUGGAGAGCGCCGGCAGAUGCCAUUCACCGCGAAAAAGCUGGACCAGGCCAUCAACGUUGGCUCCCAGAGGAACAUGUCUUCAACUCUAGGCCUUGCUGGAGGCAAUGUGGACUUGGAAUCCGCCAACUCUAGGAAGGUGGAGUCUCGUGUAGACCGCAAGAAGCUCGAAAAGGCAGAACGUAAGAUUCGUGCCAAGCAGGAAAAGAAACAAAUGAAGACCGUGCAGUAUGAAUCGUCACGUCUUCUGAACCAACCGGAUAGUACCAUGUCUUACGAAGAGUUCUUCAUGGCUGUCAAUCCUCUCCAGCUGGGUUCCGACUCACAGGCCAAGAGCAAGGAUAUCAAGGUUGACAGUAUCGAUAUUUCUGUCGGUGGCCUCCGUAUCCUAACCGAUGCGUCUCUUACUUUGGCCUAUGGUCGUCGCUAUGGUCUUGUGGGUCAAAACGGUAUCGGUAAAAGUACCCUUCUGCGGGCGCUGAGCCGCAGAGAGGUGGCAGUUCCUAGCCAUAUCUCAAUUCUUCACGUCGAGCAAGAAAUCAUGGGCGACGAUACCCCUGCCAUCCAGGCAGUUUUGGAUGCCGACGUGUGGCGCAAACGCCUACUGGCCGAUCAAGAGAAUAUAUCUAAGCAGCUGGCCUCCCUCGAAGCCGAAAGAUCCUCAAUGGCAGACACCUCGCAAGAUGCAGCCAAACUGGAUCAUGAGAGAGAGGGUCUUGAUAUUACCUUGAGUGAUAUUCAUUCCAAGCUUGCAGAGAUGGAGUCGGAUAAAGCAGAGUCUCGUGCGGCCAGUAUCUUGGCGGGUCUUGGUUUCUCGCCCGAAAGACAGCAAUUUGCGACGAAGACCUUCUCUGGUGGUUGGCGGAUGAGAUUGGCUCUGGCCCGAGCUUUGUUCUGCGAACCAGAUUUACUUCUGCUGGAUGAACCUUCAAACAUGUUGGAUGUUCCGUCCAUUACGUUCUUGUCCAAUUAUCUCCAGGGCUAUCCUAGCACCGUGCUGGUGGUUUCUCACGAUCGAGCCUUCUUGAACGAAAUUGCUACAGAUAUAAUGCAUCAGCACUCCGAGAGACUCGAUUACUACAAGGGCGCCAAUUUCGAUUCCUUCUAUGCGACGAAGGAGGAGAGGAAGAAAAAUGCGAAGCGUGAAUACGAGAAGCAGAUGGCCGAACGGGCACACUUGCAAGCGUUUAUCGACAAAUUCAGGUACAAUGCGGCCAAAUCGUCCGAGGCACAAUCAAGAAUCAAGAAGCUCGAGAAGAUGCCCGUCUUGGAAGCCCCGGAGGCCGAUUAUGUGGUUCAUUUCAAAUUUCCAGAAGUCGAGAAAUUAUCUCCGCCCAUUGUGCAGAUGUCCGAGGUUGCCUUUGGAUAUACCAAGGACCGUCCCCUUCUUAAAAAUGUUGACCUUGAUGUUCAGCUUGACUCCCGUAUCGGCAUUGUGGGACCCAACGGUGCUGGUAAGACAACUGUGUUGAAGCUCCUCACGAACCAACUCCAGCCCACCUCUGGUCUUAUCUCCACAAAUGCUAGGCUGCGGAUCGGAUUCUUCGCCCAGCAUCACGUGGAUGCUUUGGAUCUCACUACUAGUGCGGUGAGCUUCAUGGCAAAGACAUAUCCCGGAAAGACGGAUGAGGACUACCGGAGACAUCUGGGCGCGUUCGGCAUCACUGGCACGACAGGUCUCCAGCGAAUGGAACUCCUGUCUGGAGGUCAAAAAUCUCGUGUCGCUUUCGCCUGCUUGUCCUUGACAAACCCUCAUAUCCUCGUUCUCGACGAACCGUCCAACCACCUCGAUAUCGAAGGUAUGGACGCAUUGUCCGAAGCUUUACAGAACUUUGAAGGCGGUGUUGUCAUGGUGUCUCACGACGUGACGAUGCUGCAGAAUGUCUGUACUAGUCUAUGGGUGUGUGACAAGGGCACGGUGGAGCAAUUCGAUGGCACUGUCGAUGCCUACAAGAAAAAGAUCAGUUCGCAGGCCAAUGAAGCUGGUGUUGCGGUGGCCCACUAA